CUGCCAGCAGAGUCAUCGUCCCAACCCCUGGGUUAUAUUUCCUUACCCAUCAGUCUGUAGAUGGACUCUUGGAGGAAUUCACAUCCUGGGUCUGUAACACUACAGGGAAUGUGGUCUUCCAGUCAUCUCUCUAGCAAACUGACUUCUUCCCUUGAAGAAAGAACCAGUAUUGGCCAGCUGGACCCUGGGAAAUGAUUCUUUCUCUGACUGUCACAGCAAGCAACCCUAAGUACUUCAUGCGAGAUUCUUGGGAAGAAGAUGCUACAUGGUCAUUCAGGUUGAAUGCCUGUAAGUUCAAAUCUAGAAUGGUUAGCUUUUUACACACACACACACACAGAGAGAGAGAGAGAGAGAGACAGACAGACAGAGAGAUAAAACUCCAUGAAUACAACUGUUUUGUGUGUAGAUUCCUUUUAAAACGUGUCUUGUAUUACUUCCAGGGUGACCAGUCAAUGAUAGUCUUUGUCAGAAUAAAUUUUUCCCAAAUCUGAGAUACAAACCAUGAAAUAAGAAUCACAUCUCCCCUCCAGAUGUUUGAUAAGGGACUUUCAGCCUACAGCCUCUUUGUUUACUAGAGAAAGAAGAAGAAGAUGCAGUGGUGGUAAGGGAAGAAGAUUGGAAACAAUAUCUGGUGUUACAAAAAGCAAAAUGUUCCAUUCAAAGAGGCUUUUUUUUAAACAACUGAAGGAUAUACAUAGAAGAAGAAUUUCAAAGCUUGGUUCUUUACAUCCCUCCACCAGCAUUUAUGAAGCCUGCUAAAUUGUGGUCUUUAGCUGUGGCGCUGUCCUUUCCUUCUCAGAGGCAGAAGGAACUGUAUGUCCAAGACUCUCUCUACUUCCCCCAAGCACUAAAGUAGAAACAACACAAAGAAGACAACUUAAGAAGCAUGGAGCUCCUUGAAAAAGAUGUCAGAGGGGAGACAGCACCAUCAGAAGAGGAGAAGUCCAGAGAUGAGCAAACGACCUUAUUACCAAAACACGGGAGCUUGCCUGGAGGAAAGGCACCAGCCACACAGGACUGCAGAACUGUACCAUGAAGGCAAAGUUUUGAAAGGAAGAGUCUGAGGAAAAUCUACAAUGUGUGUCCUCUGACAAUAUAAAAGAGAAAAAAAUAAUUACUAAGAAAUCCAAUUUUAAAGUGAUUAACUUUACUGUGCGGAAUUUCUUUGCUAUAUUUAUUUGUUUGGUUUUUUUUUGUUUUUGUUUUUCCUGACAUCUACCAGUCUUGAACUCCUUUUCCUUCCUCUUCGAGAGAGCUGCCAAGGUCACCCUGCAUGAUCUGCCUCGUGCAUGCGAAGUUAUAAAACUCCAGGUCUUUGGUGGUUUGUUUUGUUUAUUUGUUUGUUUGUGAGGCAUGAGUGGUGUGGGUGGAGAACCAAAGAAGAGGAUUUAAAAAUUGUUAAGUAUGCAUAGAUAUUCUUUACAAGAAGCUUAACGCAUAAUUUUGUGUUAAAAUAAUAACCUGUUAGGAGGCAGCUAUGUGUCUGGACGACCCUUGUUUAGAAACUGGUGGCUGCUGGAAUCUUUGCAGCGUCAUCGGGGUCAUCAGGACUGACGCUGUUUACAGGUGUCAUAGCAUAGGAGCAGCCGUGAGCCAGGGAAAGGCAGCUCAUUGGCCUCCAUCCCAAGCUUCUGUCUUGGCUCAGGUUCAACUUUCAUUUUCAGAAAACAGAAACUCUGCUCAGCUGAGACUUACUCAAGGGAGGCGUUUCCCUCUGCCAUGUGACAGAAUGCAUGGGGGGUGUGGCUGGCCCGCAGCUUAUAAGCCCUCUGGCAGCUGCAGGUGAGUGCAGAUCACCAUGGGGAUGCUCGUGCCCACUGCUCUUGCUGCCGGGCUGCUGAGCCUGUUCCAGCAGCAGCUGGACUCGCUCUGGAGUGGACUGGCCAUCCUGUUCUGCUGGUUGAGACUAGCACUGAGGUGGCUAGGUUCUGGAAGGGGACAACCACAGCCACAGGUCCGGACCAUGCCGGAGGAGACCCAGGAAGAACCAAACGGUUCUCAGCCUACAGUCCCCGUUAGCGUCAACUACCACUUCACCCGUCAAUGCAAUUACAAGUGCGGGUUCUGCUUCCACACAGCCAAGACAUCCUUCGUGCUGCCCCUGGAGGAGGCCAAGCGAGGGCUGCUUCUGCUCAAAGAGGCUGGUAUGGAGAAGAUCAACUUUUCAGGAGGAGAACCCUUUCUGCAGGACAGGGGUGAAUACGUGGGUAAGCUUGUGAGAUUCUGCAAGGAGGAGCUGGCCCUGCCCUCUGUGAGCAUCGUGAGCAAUGGCAGCCUCAUUCGCGAGAAGUGGUUCAGGGACUAUGGUGACUAUCUGGACAUUCUUGCCAUCUCCUGUGACAGCUUCAAUGAGGACGUUAAUGUUCUCAUUGGGCGGGGUCAGGGGAAAAAGAACCACGUGGAAAACCUUCAAAAACUGAGGAAGUGGUGCCGAGACUACAAGGUGGCUUUCAAGAUCAACUCCGUCAUCAAUCGCUUCAAUGUGGACGAAGACAUGAAUGAACACAUCAAGGCCCUGAACCCUGUCCGCUGGAAGGUCUUCCAGUGCCUCCUAAUUGAGGGUGAGAACUCUGGAGAAGCUGCCCUGAGGGAAGCAGAACGAUUUCUUAUAAGCAAUGAAGAAUUUGAAGCAUUCUUAGAGCGUCAUCAAGAGGUGUCCUGUUUGGUGCCAGAAUCUAACCAGAAGAUGAAAGACUCCUACCUUAUUCUGGAUGAAUAUAUGCGCUUCCUGAACUGUACCGGUGGCCGGAAGGACCCUUCCAAGUCCAUCCUAGAUGUCGGGGUGGAACAAGCGAUAAAAUUCAGUGGAUUUGAUGAGAAGAUGUUCCUGAAGCGGGGAGGCAAGUAUGUAUGGAGCAAGGCUGACCUGAAGCUGGACUGGUGAACCCGAGACAAGAAGGACACUCUGACCAGCUAUGCGGAUCUCAACGUGAAGCUGUCCUCCACCACCCAAGGUUCUUGCUCUCUAUCCAGACAUGAAAAUAUGACUCUUGGUUGCACAUCCUCUGGCUGUCUGUGGAUUAUCGUUACUGAGAAUGCAGUCUGUCUGUUUGUUUUAGUCUGACUGAACUAAGAAGAAAGGGGUAAAACCAUAAAAUGACAGCUUAUAAAACAAAUAAUCUGCCCGUGUGCAGGGAUAGAGUUCAGUUCACAGAAGAGCGAGGUGCUCUGUUCCCAAAGACCAAUGUAUUCAAUUUGUGUUUGAAUUUUUAUGGAAUUUUACUGUGAAUCCCUUGUUUCCUUUCUCCUCCUCCUCACUUGAGAAGGUGAGUUAUUUUCUGCUAAAUAUGCCAGUUUUAUUCACCAGGGAAUAUCACAAAAUAUGUCCCCCGGUGACUAUUUAAAUGCUUUUCUGCUUUGGAAUGUUGGACUUUUUACUCAGAAGUAUAGGAAGAGAGAAGGUCAUCCUCUCAGUCUGGAAAAGCAGCAACGGCUGUGUUGGCGCAUUCCAUAAAAGUCAUGGAAGCAAGGCCAGGAAGGACUCUGUCGGGAGUGUGAUCGGCUUGGUAUAAAAGCGCUUGUGGCUCCAUGGAAAAUUUCCCAAGGAAGACUGAAUGAGACCCAGUCUAGGUCAAUGUGAGAAGAACCAGAUGCUUCUCCGCACCAAAAAGGCAGAAAAGACGAUGAGACCGGGUCAAAUACUCUUCCUGUGGAAGCAUCACGUGACGCUUGCCAGACCAGAACUGCGUCUCACCGUUUGCAAAAUAACAAUUUCCUAUCAAAGAGCAAAAAUUGUUGAAAGUUUUCUGUUUGUUGCCAAUGAAUUUUAACAUCCCUGAAAUUCUUCUGCUGCAGCUAGAGGGCGCUGAGAUGUCGGACUUCAUUCUGCAUCUCAGAAAUUUUGCUUCAGAGUUUACUUUUAGAACUUGGUGAAUUUUGGUUCUGUUUCUUCAGUAUGUGUGUGUGUGUGUGUGUGUGUGUAUGUUUGGAUAAGUACUAAGAAUUUGAUAAGGAACUGGAUUUGUAAAUAUUUUCUCACAAAAGUUGUUUAUACUUUGGUUAGGUCACCAUAAUUCAACAAAGACACUUUGUCUCACCUAAAAUAGGUCAGGAACUCUGUAUUUCCUGUUUUGUUUGUUUGUGUGCUUGAAGUUGGGUAUAACUAUGUAGCCCAGGCUCUCCUGGGAACCAUGCUCUCCUGCCCUAACUUCCCCUGAUUCUAGGGAUUAAAUUUGUAUAUAACCCAACUCCUAUCGAGAUAUUUUAGAGGGAAAACUGAGUCAUGUUUUUCCUGCAGAUUUUUAUUUGUGUGUGUGUGUGUGUGUGUGUGUGUGUGUGUAUUAAGUCCUGUGUACUCAGUUUACCUGGGAAAGCCCAAAGGACAGGGGCAGAUGCCCGCUUGGUCAUGUGACAGGAAGCAAAUUGGAGCUGAAGAUUCAUCUUCCAUCUUGGAGUUCAUUUUCUUCUAGCUGAGUGAACCUGCAUAGCUCCUUCCCCUUAAAUACUUAAAAAUAUCCCCCCUUCAAGGGAAUAAUUGUGAUAUUUUAUCAUCACAGUAAAAAUCAAGCUCAGAUUAUAUCAUGAAAUUGAUUUCCUCUCUCAGUUUUAAGUCUGGGUGUUCAUUUGUGAAGCACACGCUCUUCACCAGGAAAGCAGAGCAUCAUUUAGUUGACAUUUGCUAAGUGUUGCAGACAGUGGUGUCAGAUGACCGAUUGACUCAGGGUGGUGAUGCUGGGAAAGGCGAUUUACUGAAGAACUUUGGAGGGCAGGACACCCUACACUGAUCUUAAAGCCCCUAGUGUCUCUGUUAUAUAGUGUUAAAUGACAAAAUCAUGGGCUGUUCAUUUUUAUGCUAAAAACUGUAGAAUGCUAUCUGGCUAAACAAUGUGGGAAAAAAUGGGCUCGGGUUUGAAUUGAAUUGGAUUUUGGGGGUCUAAUUGUUGCAUAGAUAAACAGCCAAACCAUCGAACCCAGGAGCACUUGGUUCCUUUCAGCAAUAAUUCAGCCUGUGUCCUACCCUCUUGAUGAACUGAUAUUGUUUAAUAGGCUCUUUUUAAGACAAAGAACAAUGAUGCAGGUGAUCACAUAUCAUCUGAGUGUGUCCAGUGUUGGGGGGGGCGGUAUAUGUAUGUGUAUUCCCCUGUAGGAUUUCACUGUGUGUGGUAACAUGUUUGUUGUAAUAAAAUGUUCUGUGCAUGACCUAA